AUGGAGGAGAAGGUGCUCCUCGCCGUGGCCGUGGUCGUGCUGCUCGUCGUCGUCUCCAAGCUCAAGUCUUUGCUAGUCACCAAGCCGAAGCUAAACCUGCCCCCAGGGCCGUGGACGCUGCCGUUGAUAGGCAGCAUCCACCACCUGGUCACCAGCCCAUCGAUCUACCGGGCAAUGCGUGACCUCGCGCAGAAGCACGGGCCGCUCAUGAUGCUCCGGCUGGGCGAGGUGCCCACGCUGGUGGUGUCGUCGCCGGAGGCCGCGCAGGCGAUCACGAAGACGUACGACAUCACGUUCGCCGACCGUCACUUGAACGCCACCAUCGGCGUGCUCACCUUUAACGGCACCGACCUGGUGUUCGGGACCUACGGCGAGCGGUGGCGCCAGCUCCGCAAGAUCACCGUGCUGGAGCUGCUCAGCGUCGCGCGCGUGCAGUCGUUCCAGCGCAUCCGCGAGGAGGAGGUGGCGCGGUUCAUGCAGAGCCUCGCCGCGUCCGCCGGCGCCGGCGCCACAGUCAACCUGUCCAAGAUGAUCUCCAGAUUCAUCAACGACACCUUCGUGAGGGAGUCCAUCGGCAGCCGGUGCAAGUACCAGGACGACUACCUGGAUGCCUUCGACACCGCGGUCCGGCAGACGUCGGUGCUCACCGUGGCCGACCUCUUCCCGUCGUCGAGGCUCAUGCAGAUUCUCGGCACGGCGCCUCGCAACGCGCUCAAGUGCCGCAACAGGAUCACGCGCAUCCUGGAGCAGAUCAUCCACGAGCAGGUGGAGGCCAUGGACCGUGGCGAGAAGACGGCGCACGAGAGCUUAAUCGGUGUCCUGCUCAGGCUGCAGAAAGAGGCCAGCUUGCCCGUCGAGCUCACCAACGACACCAUUGUGGCGCUCAUGUUUGACUUGUUCGGCGCCGGCAGCGAUACCUCGUCGACGACACUGAACUGGUGCAUGACAGAGCUAAUGCGGUACCCGGCAACCAUGGCCAAAGCGCAGGCCGAGGUUCGGGAGGCCUUCAAGGGGAAGACCAGAAUCACCGAGGAUGACCUCGCCGGGGCAGAGCUUAUCUACCUCAAGCUUGUGAUCAAGGAAGCUCUUAGGAUGCACUGCCCACUGCCGCUCCUGCUCCCGCGGCAGUGCCGGGAGACGUGCCAGGUCAUGGGCUACGACAUCCCUAAGGGCACAUCCGUGUUCAUCAACGUCUGGGCGAUCUGCAGGGACGCCAAGUACUGGGAAGAUGCAGAGGAAUUCAGGCCAGAGCGGUUCGAGAACACCAACCUUGACUACAAGGGGACAAACUACGAGUUUCUUCCGUUCGGAUCCGGCCGCCGUAUGUGCCCGGGAGCAAACCUUGGACUGGCUAACAUUGAACUCGCACUGGCGAGCCUUCUGUACCACUAUAACUGGAAGUUGCCAGACGGAGUGAAGCCAGAGGAUGUCCAAGUUUGGGAGGGUCCAGGACUGAUAGCAAAGAAGAAAACAGGCCUGAUUUUGCACCCGGUUACCUGUAUUGCUCCAGCCGAUGCGUAA